AUGCGGUUACUAACCCUUUCAAUACUCCUACCAAUUGCCCUUGCCCAACAACCAUAUGGCCUCUCACAACUUGAUAAUUAUGGAAGGCUAGUCAACAGCGGCAACCUCGCCGGGUUGGGACCGCUGAACGAAGCCAUCCAAAGCGGACGAGUUCGAUCUUUGGCCGAUCUUGAUGGUCGCAGCAAGCUCACCGGCUUGCCACCUCUCCCGAAAACCGACGAAGAGAUGAAAGAAGAUCUGUCACCACGUCCGGUGCAGGUCAUCCCGGUAACGCCAAGACCAACAGCUCGCCCUACACCGCCGACGCAGCCACCAGCUGGAUUUUUACCAUUUGGUGUUAGCACGAACGCGGAGCUGCCGCCGAUUCCGGAGGAAAAACAAAGGGGAUACUACGAUGAUGAUGGAAACUUUGUGCCUUUCGGGCAAAAGACCGGACACAAGAUCCAUGGAGCUCGGCUUCACCAGCCUAAACGCAGCGCCAAGAGGAGAGAUGAUAUUGAAGACUAUAUGAAUGAUGACUAUUAUGAUGAUCCGACUCUCAAGCUUGGCGCUAACAAAAAGAAGGAAAUGACGCAAGUUAGAACCACAAUCACCAGGGUGCAACCAAGGCCGAAACCGGUAUCGGUUCAGCCAGCCGCCAUGUCGCGCGAAAUCCCACAAGUCGUCCAGCCAGUAGCACCUAUCACGAGCCCACCAGUUCCGCCAACACCGCCACCCCCAACCUUCCCACCUUUCGUCUAUCGACCGAAAUCCAAGGCGUUCGGUCGGGAUCCCUACUUCGACAAUGUCCUCCAGGAAGUCGAGGAAUACGACGAUUUCCUGGAUCAAGAACGAGAAUACCGACAAGCCUAUCCGUACGCAAAGGCGCCGACAAACCCUUACUACCAGCUCUACCCUGGACAGCUGCUACCUCCUCUUUUCCAGCGUGGUGUCACUAUCGAUAAUAGUGGCUAUGUGAAAGCCCUGGAAAACCACGAGUUUAUCGGAACGUUUGACGGUAAGACUCCGGUGCAAAUGCAGGUGCCACAGCCUGCUACCCAACCUCAGUACCAACCCGUUCAACCACCCCAGACUCCUGUCUUUACACAGCCUGCGCAGCAGCAACAACCACUCCAAGGGAUGUCACUAUUCCCUACCCAGCAAAACGCCGUCCCUACUGCCACGAACACUGCCACUGAAAACCCGUUGUUGAACCUGUUCAAAAUCUUCGAAUUCCCUCCUCCCUCAUCGGACCUCUUCAGCGAUUUGGCAAAAGGGAGGAUCCAUCCAAAAUCA